GUCCAAUCGCCUCUGCACCCGGAGUUUCUUUUCUUCAAAUAUGGAUGAGAGCAUGAAACAGUUCCAAAAAAAAUUGACAGAACUGGAAGUGGAAGCUGAGCACCAUCUCUUAGCCCGACAACAGCUGGUUGAGAAUGAUAGAUUGAGAAAUGGGAAUAGAGAAGCACUUACUGCAUUAAGGAAAAGGGCUCGGACAACAAUGAGCAGUGUUCCAUCUCCUUUCAAGUCAAUGAUGAGGGGAGUUGCUGGGAGCUCAAGACCUUGGGUUCAGGAGGUUUGCAACACCUGUGGCAACCAUAACACUUCUGAGCCGACAUGGAUGAUGUUUCCAGGAACAGAUCUGUUUGCCAGAAUACCGUUUCAUGCAGCUCAUACUAUAUUGGAAAUAGAUCAAGCGAAGCUUGACUUUGAGCCAAAGAAACUACAGAGCAUUAUGAAGGAAAAAGCUUACCUUCUAUCAGAGUCAGGUGUUCUUGCAGACAAGAUAAGCCCUGGAUUGCUCAAAUCGCUUGUAACCUUAAAUGAAAAGAGAAAGUAAGAUGCCUUGACCUGCUAUAUAGUGAGAAAAAGCUUGUCGUUGCAUUGUCAACUGGGUGGAAAAUGUCAGUGUUUUCUGGGAGAAUCUUUCUUGAAGCAUUUAUGUUAGGUCAGUUAUCUAGUCUGUUACUGCAAGUGUGUACAUUUUUUCCCCAAGUUUAUAUACUAUUAGUACUACACUCAAUCCUAGAAAUGGAACUAUUGUUGCUUGUCAGCCUUAACUUAUUUUGAUGAAACAAUAACUUAUUUUACCAAACUCUCUUGAGAUAGAUUAUUUUUUUUACGCUUUAAAAAAUAAGCUAUUCAAACAUGGACCUGAUUCUUAAAUUGUUAUGUGGACCUUGCAUUUUCUCUAGCCAGAUGUGGGGUCUUUAUCAUCUAAUGGCAUUAAACCAACCUCUUCUCCAACCUUGUAACCAAGUCAUGAAUGAAUUUAGAACCAAUGAAGAAGAAUGAUGUCUGUGCUCAGUUUAAUAUCAUGUAAUUAUUACCUGUUGUGCAAAAAUUAUGAGUUGUGGUAGCCUGGGGUGGGGAUUAAACAGGAAUUGGAUCAGACAGAUUUGGGUUAGUUUAUCAUUAUAUGAAAAAUUAAAAGUUUGAUUUAUUUUUUGUUAUUUUAUAUUUAGUUUCUAAUGGUGCUUCAAAUAAGAUUGUCACUGAAGUUGGAUAUUUGUGGGAAAAGUGUUAAAUUGAGCUUGAACCAUUGACUUUGGUCAAGUUAGAGAAUCUAGCAUUCGACAACCAUGUGGUUUCCACGUUCCCA